AUGAGCAAUAAACCGGCCACGACACUCACUGUAGCAUUCGGCAACGUCAAGUCAUGCUUUGUGAAUUUACCUCCGUCAUGGGCACUACGAGCUGGAGGUGUAGUUCUAGAGCUCUCAUGGACUGAAAAGACAGAGCAAGGUCCUCGCAAACGUUCCGUCUUUGUUGGUUGGGCUGGAGGAUCGUCAUCUAAUUCAAACAGGGAUGCAAACAAGUUUCCCGGUGCUCAGUCAGCUGCCACGGGAAACGCAUCGUCUGCUACUGAUGCCAUCGAGAUGGAAACUGUGUUUGGUCAAGGCUUAGGUCUAAUUGCUGGGCAACGAGUUAAUGUCGAGUUUGUCAAGACUGUCGAGACUGGCAAGUCUGUUGAUGUCGAGCCUCUUACUGAAGAUGAUUGGGAAAUAUUGGAACUACAUGCUGGAUAUUUGGAGGAUCAGAUGCUGAAUCAAGUACGAGUCGUUUAUACAAACCAGAUCAUUGCUGUUUGGAUUCAUCAGAGGACAUGUAUACGGUUGCGAGUCUUGUCGACAACUCCGUCAGCCAAAUGCGUCCGUCUAGACAUUGAUGCAGAAGUCAUAGUAGCACCUAAACAACGUAAAUCACAUCUAAUACCCAUUGAUGCACCAGCUCAACAAAUCACUCCAUCGUCACCAUCAAAGAAGAAGGCCACCACACUAUUACGCUUAUUACCCAAAUCCCAUCUAACCGAGCUCGACGAAUCAACAACAGAUGAAUCAGUCGUGCAUAUAAAUCCACUAAACGCCAACGGAGAAUUCACAGAUGGCUCCAUAGUAAAAGUCACUCGCCGUGAAUUGAAGAAGCCAGGUGAAGAAAUGAAGGAUGAAAAGGAUGAAAAGGGAUCUCCUCCUACAGGUCUAUUACGAAGUGUAUUCGCUACUGUGAAACACUCGACUUUUAUACCUGCUGGUCAUUUGGGUGUUGGGAAGGAUGCUGUCGAGGUGCUCAAGUUGCCUCCAUUUUCAAGAGUCAAGAUUGAAACUGCUUCUAAAGAUGCGCUGAAGGGAUGUAAGGUACUGGUACAAAGAGUGGUUAAGAGUGUUGGUCCGACAACUGUUGUCCUCAAUCAAAAGAAUUCGGAAAAGGCCAUUGUUAUCGAGACAGUCAAAUCUUGGUUGACAACACGAGCACAACAAUAUCCACUCAUCAUCACAGAUGGAUGUGUGCUACGAUUCCCUCUAUUACCAAGUCAACCCCAAUCAGAACGAUACCUGACUCUUUUCAUUCGUCUCAUCCCAUCUGGAAUGAAGGAAGACGUUGCUCUUGCUUCAGGAGUGGGAGAAAACUAUGUGAUUGUAGACAAUGAUAGAACGGCACAGUCCGUAGUUGUUGAUGAGGGUAAAGAGACUGAAAUAGGGCCUGUCGAUACUGAUUGGGACCUAGAAGAUCAUCUGCCUAUCUUAGGAGGUGUUGAUGAUUUAUUAAAGAACAUUACUCAGUACGUCAAGUCAAGUUUAAGUCGAAGAACCCUUCGAAAGAAACUGAGUGCUCCUGCACUUGGAGGCCUGUUAAUUCAUGGAGCUCAUGGGUCUGGACGAACUAGUUUAAUUGAUGCCGUAUCUUAUGAGCUGAGCAGAAGUCCUGAUACUUUAGCUCAUACACACAUGGUGCAGUGUUCAGAAUUGAGUACGGAAACAGUGCCCAAAAUACGAGAAGCGAUUCGGAAUGCAUUUGAUUUGGCUGCUUGGAGAGCUCCAUCUAUACUCGUGUUCGAGGAUUUAGAGAGAAUGAUACCCGUUGAGCAAGAGCAAGGAGAUUCUAACGACAAGACAAAGCAACUUUCCGAAUUCUUUCUCGACAUUUGCCAAUAUUAUCGUACCCGACACAGCAUAUGUGUGAUCUGUACAUCAACAGCUGCUACUGCUCUACAUCCAACGCUCCUCUCCUCACACACACUCGCCGAAACACUACAAGUUCCACCACCUUCCCGAGCAGGUCGUAAACUCAUCCUCGAAGCACUCAUGCAAGCAUCAGGAGACAUGACCCGUACAGCUGUAGAAUCCAAAAAUGUAGACGUAGCGGUCGUUGCCGGAUCUACCGAAGGAUACUUGCCUGCUGACUUAAAAGUAUUGGUUGAACGAGCUGUAUACCAAAGUGCUAUGAGGAGCGUUGAAGCCACGACGGCAUUGAUCAAUUCGUUAACGAAGCCGAAUGGACUGAAUGAGUUGGUUGAUGGUAUGAAUGGUGCCAGUGGAAGUAGUAAUGAGGAAGGGUUGUUGCAGAUUGAUUUUACAAAGGCUCAGGAUGGAUAUGUGCCGAGUUCGUUACGAGGAGUUAAGUUGCAGACUUCGGACGUCUCGUGGAGUGAUAUUGGAGGCCUGUAUGAGACCAAAAAGGUCUUAUUAGAGACCUUAGAAUGGCCUACCAAAUACGCUCCGAUAUUUGCCACCUCACCACUUCGUUUACGGUCAGGUCUCUUACUUUACGGCUUCCCGGGCUGUGGAAAGACACUGCUAGCAUCAGCAGUAGCCAAAGAAUGUGGCUUAAACUUCAUCUCCGUGAAAGGUCCAGAACUAUUGAACAAGUAUAUUGGUGCUUCCGAACAAGCAUGUCGAGACUUGUUUACACGAGCACAAGCCGCUCGGCCAUGUGUCUUAUUCUUUGAUGAAUUUGACGCUAUAGCUCCAAGACGAGGACACGAUAAUACAGGCGUCACUGAUCGAGUCGUCAAUCAAAUGUUGACGCAAAUGGACGGUGCUGAAGGACUCGAGGGUGUUUACGUGCUUGGAGCAACAUCACGACCCGAUAUAAUAGAUCCAGCAUUAUUAAGACCUGGUCGUCUAGACAAGUCACUUUUGUGUGGUAUGCCUGACGUAUCUGAACGAGAAGAUAUCUUGAAGGCUGUAGCUAGAAAACUUAAUGUGGAUCCAACAGUCGAUUACCAGGAAUUGGCAGUCAAAAGUGAUGGAUUCAGUGGAGCUGAUUUACAAGCCAUGAUGUAUAAUGCUCACUUAGAAGCUGUUCAUGAGAUGAUUGAUGAGCAGGAUCGGGAGAGAGAUGAAGCUAUGGCUGGACAUCAUAGAGAUGAUGUUAAUGGUAGUCAGCAGAAUGGGGUUGUUGCUAAACAUAAUAAUGCUGCUGAUGGACCGGCUGUUGAGUUUGUUAUUGCUGAUAGGAAGGACGCUAGUAGUGUUGUGAGAAUGACUGCUGCUGAGAGGGGCUUGUUGGCUCAACGGAUCGAGUCAAUACAUAAAGACUAUUCAGAUAAACUUGAAGUUCUAUACCCAACCACGUCAGAUGCCUCGAAAUCGGCCAAAGACAAGUCAUUGGAUACAGUUGUACAUCUAACGGUCAUCAAGCACAAACACUUGGUAUCUUCACUAUCAUCUACUCGUCCAUCUCUUGCUCGAGAAGAGCAAGCCAAAUUAAAUCGAGUGUACGAUGAAUUCGUUUCUGGACGUGGAGCUCCCGUUGAAGUCGGGAAGAAGGCUUCCUUUGCAUAA